ACUGUCUGCUCAUAUUGCAGUCGGUCAAAGCCGGACGUUUCAGAGUAUGAGCAGAAGCAUCAGGAAAUAUCUCGCCUCGCUCAGGAAGAAAUCGAGCGGUUACAGGAAGAGCCGUAUGAUUCGUCCGCACCUGCAGAUCAAUGUCGGUGCCACUGGUGUGGCACAGUGAUUCCGGAAGCCAAACACGACGAUAUGGAACGGAUGCUGGAUGAGGCGCGCGUGGAUAUCGAGGGCGUCGGACCACUGCCGUCUUUGUACCCAUUUGAUCAUGAACAGAACCGACUCUGUAUUUAUUGUGUGGCCGAAUGCGGGGCUCUUUUGAAGGAAAAGAGGCGAUUCCAGAGGCUUUAUGAAUUGAGUGCGGUCGCCUUGCCCCGAGGAUGCAACAACUGUGGAGUUCGCGAAUCUGUGGCCUUUCAGCCGGCGGUCGACCGCACCGGGGAAGUGUGUCUUGUCUGCAGUGUUUUCAAGGAACACGAGGGCCUUGAUCCUGAUCCUCCCACGCUAUCGCCCGCCAGACUCCAAGGUAUGCUUGGCGCCAUUUUGGACAAUAUGGAUCAAGUUGGUAUCCACUGGGACAGGAUCGCAAACGAUGCAGAUGCAAACCCGAAAUUUGAAUACACUGCGCACGGGCUCCUGAAUCAAUGGCUACAUACCACGAAGAAGCUAGACGCACCUGCCAUGUCGACCUACAUCUUGCUUCAACACAACCAUCUCACACGGCGUAGUCAGGACUGGGAGCUAUAUACCUGCAAUGCUCGGAGCCCCACCCAGGCGGCGCUAUAUUUUGCAAGAUUCGUUGCCCUGUACAAGAAACGGCCCAUGACAUACCUCUACAUUCGACAGCUUGAAGAAUGGAAUAUACCCGAAAUUCGUGGAGAUGAAUGGGAAGAUUUGUCUCACGGGCUUCAGACGUUUGAACAGCUCAAGAACCGGAUUCGGAGGAGUAUUCUAAAUCCGCUCCGAAAACUCCGAAGCACCAAUCCCAUGAGGAAGUUUCUCAGGGCCAAGGACGACUUAUAUACUGAGAACCAGAGGAUGAUGCAGGCGAUAUAUCCCGGUAGCAUUGCUACGUUGGAGAUAUAUAAGCCAGAGUUUCCUCGUCGCCCCGAGCUGACACAACCGGCAUGGAUGAAUAAAGUAGAGGGGGGCUUGAGACAGCAGGGAUGGUUGGAUAGAACGGAGGCCGAGCUGGGACCUGAGAACAAGCAUCUAAUGGAUCAGUUGCACUUUGGCGUUAUCGAGAUGAGAAUGGACAAAGAGGAGUAUGACUCUUUGAGAGACUUUCUUAUGCGCACGGAGGAGCACCGGGACCAGAAACAGAGGGAGAUCGUGGAUCAGGUCGUCCAGAAAGAAGCGCACCAACUCUUCUUAUCGAAAGUGAGAUGGCCAAAUCGCACACCCCAACGUAUUGAGAUGAACCUCCGGGACAAGGGCCUGAUGUCGUUAUAUCCAAGGAUCACACAGCAACUCGAGAAAGAAAAGGGGCUGACUCGAUCUGUCGUUGGACUUGUACCUGUGAAUCCGCCAGAGCCUCGGACCAGUUCACUGCCGGCUUGGGCACAGGAGAACACCAGGAAGGAUGUCCGAAAGACAAUCGCGGACAAUAGAUUGCUGUACAUACACCAUCGGCACCUGUUGCGCAAGGAAGUUCAGAAUCACCAGUACAUUGUGAAUUGGGAGCAGAACGACGGACAAAUGGCUCUGGAAGAAGACGAGACGAUCGUGAGCGUGGCACGAGACAUCCAGAGUGUUGCAGAGACCGGGGGCCAUGCACCACGGUCGUGGGACGACUGCGUAAAACUCGCCAAGGAGAUUGUAUUUCGGGAGACAUUGUCAUUCAGACAGGGGCUGCGGCCUGCGGACUCGAACUAUGUUCGAAUGCUGGCACUCGGCAGGUCCAAUUCUAAGGCGCCCGGCGUCUUUAGGAUGUUGAGACCCAACAUGCUGCGGACUAUUGCUGGAGAUCGCCCACGUCCAACGCUUUUUCAGCACUACAGAGACCAGAGACUGCAUUUGGAAAAUAUCCUCGAGAUCGAUGGAGUCCGAGCACAGCACUCAAAGCCCAUUGCAGUCGCCUCUAGGCAUGCUCUUUAUGGCAAUGAGUUUUAUGAUCGACCUACGUUCCCUCAGCGCGCCGAGCUCCCGUCAACAGACAACAAUACGCCAGUCCCCUCAGCCGAGUACCCGAUCCAUCUCUUGCCUGCAGAGUACCAGGUCCACGUCUUCCAAUCGAUCCUCGUGCCCGAAACCCGGACUGCGAAUAUCAGGCUUGUUCGGACGGAGCGCUAUAAGCGCCAGGGGGACUCUAUUCAAGGUGGAGGCCCCAUUCAGAUUCCAAAGUUGAUCAAUAGGGAGACAACGCGAGGGUUUUAUCGAGACGGCAGCAGGGUGAAUCGGUAUACGCGAGAUCUCACGGCGGAGGUCGUGCUUAAAGCCAACUCUGAUAAAGAGCUGCAUCGAACCGGUGUCGAGACAUGGCAUCCAAUCGAUGCCAAGGGACUGGUAGAGGGGGGUUAUAUCAAAGAUAAGAAGCUGGCUUCGAAACUCUGGUUGGCGACCGACAAACGCUACCGAUGGUAUAAACCGGCAAUACAUACGCGUGGCUAUGAUGAGAGCGACGACGGCGAGAGAGAAGCUGAACCCCCGAUCAAGAUCUCGGAGGGAUCGGAUCUUACUCGUGAGGACAUGGAGGCACUUCGGAUGGAGCUCUCUAGUGUAAUCGACUAUGAACCGGACGAGCUGGCGCAUUAUGAAAACGCGGUGUUCCAAGUGGCCAGAGAAGUGUACUUGGACGAGAGAUCCAUUAUCGAAGAGGCGCAACGUUUGCAGGCGGUACGGAAGGCGCAAGCAGACGAGACGAGAAAGGGAUUGAAUCCCAAGCUACUCAAGCACAUGAUGAAAACCAGCAGCAGACGUGCAUCGUCAAUCCUCGAUGCGUACUCUUUGUCAGCAACCGGUGGAUCGAGAUCUGACACCGAUACAGCGCCAUCUUCUUUGCCAGAGCGUUCAAGGACCCGUCGGAACAGAGUGGAGUCUGGACGUGAUGGAGCGGAAGAGGAGGACAUGAACAUGACGGCCGAGGGCAGGGAUGGGGAUGAAAUGGCCGGUGAAGACGAGGAGCAAGAACAGGACCACGACCCGGGCCCGGGGCGCAGUGAGAGAAAGCCUACAGUUCGCGAGACGCUCGAAGCCCGCGAGGAAAGAAAGUAUCUGGCGCUGCACAAGGCGCUGGUGCAACCUUGUAAUGAUCCAGGUGAUACGUGGGUGCAGACAGUAAUUGGUCACAAACAGCGGGCCCACCGUGGAAACAGACGCAGAUCGAACUCGCAUAUCUAACUUGAUUUCUUGAGAUAAGCAUUCGUUCCACACAGACACAGUGUCUCUCUCUUUUCUUUUCUUU